AUGGAACAAACUAUUCAAAAGUCAACACUGGGAUUUAUUUUCCUGACCUUAGUGAUACAGAUGACCAAGAGUCACUACAUCAAUUACGAGCCACAAUCUCCCAUGGAAGUCGCCGUUGAUUACGACGACAGGCCAAAACAUCUCGAUGAUUCCUAUACAAAUUCUCUCUCAGACAAUAUCGAGACACAUCAUCAUAAAACGUCUAAAGUCAAGAGGAAACCUGUCAGAAUUACCGGUGGACCUCUUUUACUAACUAAAGGACAAUCUGGAGAAUUGACGUGUAUUGCUUACGGAUCACCAAUUCCCCAAAUUCACUGGGUUCGCGGCGACUUGGAAAGUCAG